AUGGAUUAUCAGCUUUCAACAAACAUUGCCGAUCUCCCUUUCGGGGUGUUUAAUGAGUUGGCCCGAAGUCUGGAGUACAAUGACUUGUGGCAGAGCCUCUUCAACGAUCCCUAUGACCCGAUUUACCAUGUUCGGUAAGUCGGGCAUAAUAUAAAUAAAAUCAGAUAAAGAUCAGAUGAAAUGGACAGACUAAGAAGGUUACCGGAAACCGGAUCUCAUUUGUUACGAAUUCUGGGGCAUCGAGGACAAACGGUCAAGGAUUUUAUUCAAAAACUGCAUUCACUGGUCAGUCAUCCGGAACCAAAGUCGCAGAAAAAAACACGUUAUGAUUUUAACUAAAUAAAAAUUACAGGCUAAAAAACAUGGCUCGGUUAUGGAUCGUCCUCAACUUAUUCUUCAUAGAAAGUUCCGUAAGUUGGUGUAUUUUACAGUCAUUUCCCGUUCCUAGGACCUGUAAUCUGGGCGAGAUCCGAACAAAUCACUGUUACAGUAAUUGGAGAUGGGAAUAAAAUCAAAUUGGAUUGCCGAGCAAGCGCCUUUCCCUCUCCUUUAUACCAGUGGUAUGAAGAAGGGAAGGCGAUUGAAGGGGCGAUUAACCAAUCAUUGAUAAUAUUACGGUAACUUCUGGCUUGUUAGACAUACAUAUGUAUUGUCAUUUAGUUGUGCUUGUACUGCCAGGAAUGUAUUCAAAUGUAAAGUUUACAAUAUAGUUGGAGAUGGAGAGACAUGGUCAAAUUUUUAUCGGAUGCCAAAUAAAGAAUACAGUUCCGAGUUAACAUCCAAGAUUGUGGAUCUCUCCCAAUACGCUCUCGAUUCAGCUGCCGCCGGAUGUGAGAGUUGUACUCAGAAUAUGGUAGCGGAGAUAUAUCGACAUAUGAAUGGAGUUAGUGUUAAUGAUAGGGUACCUGAAAUAGAAGCUGUUAAUGAUCCCAUGAUGAGUAGUAAGUAACCACUUAUUAUGUGUCGAGUACACAAACAAAAAUAUCGGCGUAUUUACUUUCAGCUCAGCAAGUGAUGGUAGCGGCUGACAAAGUGGCCUUGAUUAUCAGCAACCGAACCUAUGCUCCGAACAUGACAAAUCUUAUAACCCCCCAUUGUGAUGCUCAAACUCUGGCGGAAUGUUUACAACAAUUUGGAUUUAAGACUGUUACGUUGGGUGAUCUGACACUCAAAGAGAUGAAAUUCUUUAUUAUGGAAUAUCGAAAAUUGUUGGGGAAUGAUGUAUACGGUAACUUAUUUUUUUCUCGGAUUUUAUUUUCAGCUGUAUUUUACUUCGUGGGGCACGGAUUCCAAGCAAAUGGUCAAUGUUAUUUAUUACCAAUAGGAGCCCCAGCUGAGAAUUAUGGGCCGGAGGAUUGUUUGUCGAUGGAUUGGGUCUUAUCUGUUUUUAAAGAGUAUUCCCCAGCUCUCAAUCUUGUACUUCUUGAUAUCUGUAGGAAGUUUGUCCCGUAAGUAUUAUAUCUUCUAAACAAAAGUGGUUUUGCAGCACAAACAUUGACAAGUUCACAACUUAUGCCGAGAAAUUCCAGCGGGAUCUGAAGGUUUGCAGGAAUAUUGUCUAUGGCUAUGCAACGUGAGUCCAAUCUGGUCUAAUUUUACUUCUACCUACAGAAGUGGAGGCGUUGGAGCUUAUGAAGUUAAGGGAGAAAGGAAUGGGGUCUUUAUGAAAUAUCUGAAGAAUAGAAUUGGGAGAAACAUUCCUGUAUUGGAUAUGUUACGAAAAGUAUUCAGAGGUAAUGUACAUGUAAAAAUAAAAUUAUAUUUGUCUAACAGAUGUUGAGAAGGAUUCCAAAGUAAGAGAUGUCCAGGUCCCUGAACUUACGAGUAAUCUUACCCUCCCUCGAUCUCUGCACGAUGUUCUAGAUUACUCUGGUCAUACUACUUCUCAUUGUCAUCAUAACUUACAUUGGCAAUUAAUUCAUCGUAAGUAGAAGACAUUGUUGUACAGUUUUUAGAAUUACCUGAUCCUGUUCGUGUCGACUUUCCUGACCAGAAACUUUUGGUCACAAUUUGGUUUAGUUUCGUGGGCAAAUUCACAAACAUGGUAUACAUAUUCAGUAGCGUCGGAGAUCUCUCGGAAGACGAGAAGGAUGAGGCUGGCCCUCCAAGUGACAAUGCCCGAGCUCAUCUUGCUUAUAUUACAUUUCCCGAGAACAUCGACGCCAACGAAGCCAAGCUCUGUGAAGAUGAUGAUGAAGGGGUUUCCCUUAGAAUCAUGGUAUCAAAUCUACAGAAAGUAAAGGUAAAGAUUCCUCCGUAGGUACGAAAUGUCAUCCUAGAAGAAGCUUGAAUGCACUCUCAUGCUCACCAAGAUUGAAGAGGACUCGGAAGGCCCGGUUGUAGCCACCAAAAUAAUUUCGCUGGGCCAUGUGUUGAUCACUCAGAUAUAUUGUUAA